GCACCUCUGAGCGCGAUUUCCUCUCGCCCCCUCGUUCAGGGCCGACAACCCGGGGCGAGCGCCGCCAUGGCCGACCGCUUCGACUGCGACAACUGCAAAGAGUCCCUGUACGGCCGCAAGUACAUCCAGUCGGACGACAGCCCCUACUGCAUCCCGUGCUACGACAGCCUCUUCUCCAACACGUGCGACGAGUGCAAGGAGCUGAUCGGCCACGACGCCCGGGAACUCUUCUACGAGGACCGGCACUACCAUGAGCACUGCUUCCGCUGUUUCCGCUGCGACUGCUCGUUGGCGGACGAGCCCUUCACCAACCAGGAGGACGCGCUGCUCUGCAACGACUGCUACUGCAACGAGUUCUCGUCCAAGUGCGUCGCCUGCGACAAGAUCGUCAUGCCAGGUACGAGGAAGCUGGAGUACGCCGGCUCCACGUGGCACGAAGGCUGCUUCGUCUGCCGCGCCUGCGAGCAGCCCAUCGGCUCCAAGUCCUUCAUCCCCGAGAAGGACGAGCACUACUGCGUGCCGUGUUACGAGGACAAGUUUGCGCCGCGCUGCACGCGCUGCCAGAAGACCCUGGCCAAAGGCGGCGUGACCUACCGGGACGAGCCGUGGCACAAGGAGUGUUUCGUGUGCAGCGGCUGUAAAACGCAGCUGGCCGGCCAGCACUUCACCUCGCGCGACGACAGCCCCUACUGCCUCAAGUGCUUCGGAAGCCUCUACGCCAAGAAGUGCGAGGCCUGCGGCAAACCCAUCACAGGUUUCGGCGGAGGCAAAUACAUCUCGUUCGAGGAGCGCCAGUGGCACCAGCCGUGCUUCACCUGCACCCAGUCCCGGCUGCUGGUGGGCGCCGGCUUCUUCCCCGCCGGCGAACGCAUCCUGUGCCGCGACUGUCACAACGGCCUCUAAAGACCCCCCCGCGCUCCCUCCCUUGCAUACCACUCGAGUCACGUCAUAGCCAAAAGGCUCGUGUCGACCCAGCCAGGUGACAACACACAAAAACCAAGGCGCUUUUUUCCCAAAAGCGGACCACCACCACCACCAAACUCCUUGAUACGGCCUAGUGCCCGACCACAACAUGUUACGUCAUCCUGAACGACAUCAUUCUUGAAAUGGUGUAGGCAAAAGAAAAACCAAACAAACAAAAAAAAGAAAAGAAAAUGGUGAGUUGUAUUUUCACGACAUUUUUGUAUGUCACUUUUCUCCGUCUUGCACACGAUGAUCACGAUGCGUUAUCUCUGAUCAUCUUGACUAGGUCACUGUAUAUAACGACACAAAAAUUAUUACAACAUCCAAUCAAUAGUUUUUUUUUUAAAAAACUACUUUCUGACAGGCUUUUGUUCUCGCCAUAGAGAAAUGUAAAUAAGGUUCAUUUUGCACUUUUUUGGACAAGAGAGGCUCAUGUUACCAUGUUGCGUGCACAUAAAUAAAAAAAACACAAAAACAUGGCAC